AUUAUGUCUACUUUGAGAAUUCCUCUAGCAACCCUUACCUAAUUAGAAGAAUAGAAGAACUCAACAAGACUGCAAGUGGCAACGUGGAAGCGAAAGUAGUCUGUUUUUAUAGAAGACGAGAUAUUUCCAAUACGCUUAUAAUGCUUGCGGACAAGCAUGCUAAGGAAAUUGAGGAAGAAUCUGAAACAACAGUUGAGAUCGACUUGACUGAUAAACAGAAACAUCAGUUGAAACAUCGGGAGCUGUUUUUGUCACGGCAGUAUGAAUCUCUACCUGCAACACAUAUCAGGGGAAAAUGCAGCGUUGCCCUUUUGAAUGAGACAGAAUCGGUGUUGUCAUAUCUUGACAAAGAGGAUGCAUUUUUCUACUCCUUGGUCUAUGACCCCUCAGUGAAAACAUUAUUAGCUGACAAAGGUGAAAUCCGAGUGGGCCCUCGAUACCAAGCGGACAUUCCAGACAUGCUCCUGGACGGAGAAUCAGAUGAGAGGGAACAGUCGAAAUUGGAGGUUAAAGUUUGGGAUCCAAAUAGCCCACUUACGGACCGACAGAUUGACCAGUUUUUAGUUGUAGCACGUGCUGUGGGGACCUUUGCACGAGCCCUCGACUGCAGCAGCUCUGUGAGGCAGCCGAGCCUGCACAUGAGCGCUGCCGCUGCUUCCCGAGACAUCACCUUGUUUCAUGCUAUGGAUACAUUGUACAGACACGGCUAUGACUUGAGCAGUGCAAUUAGUGUCUUAGUGCCCCUUGGAGGACCUGUUUUAUGCAGAGAUGAAAUGGAGGAGUGGUCAGCCUCUGAAGCUAGCUUAUUUGAAGAAGCAUUGGAAAAAUAUGGCAAAGACUUCAAUGAUAUACGUCAAGACUUUCUCCCUUGGAAAUCAUUGACUAGCAUCAUUGAAUAUUAUUACAUGUGGAAAACUACUGACAGAUAUGUGCAGCAGAAACGUCUAAAAGCUGCAGAAGCUGAGAGUAAACUGAAACAAGUAUAUAUCCCGACUUACAAACCAAAUCCCAACCAAAUAUCUACCAACAACGGCAAGCCGGGCACUGUGAAUGGAGCUGUGGGAAGCACGUUCCAGCCCCAGAACCCCCUCUUAGGUCGCGCCUGUGAGAGCUGCUAUGCAACACAGUCUCACCAGUGGUAUUCUUGGGGCCCACCUAACAUGCAGUGUAGAUUGUGUGCAACUUGUUGGCUGUAUUGGAAAAAAUAUGGCCUAAAAAUGCCCACCCAGUCAGAAGAGGAGAAGUUAUCUCCCAGCCCAUCUGCAGAGGAUGCCCGAGUGAGAAGUCACCUGUCCCGGCAGGCCAUGCAGGGAAUGCCAGUCCGAAACACAGGGAGCCCGAAGUCCGCAGUGAAGACCCGCCAAGCUUUCUUCCUCCACACGACAUAUUUCACAAAAUUUGCUCGUCAGGUCUGCAAAAACACUCUCCGAUUGCGGCAGGCAGCAAGACGCCCGUUUGUUGCUAUUAAUUAUGCUGCCAUUAGGGCAGAAUAUGCAGACAGGCACGCCGAACUAUCUGGAAGUCCCCUGAAAGGCAAAAGCACUAGGAAGCCUUUGGCGUGUAUCAUUGGGUACUUAGAGAUCCACCCUGCGAAGAAGCCUAAUGUAAUCCGAUCUACACCAAGCCUGCAAACCCCAGCUACCAAGCGGAUGCUGACCACCCCGAAUCACACAUCUCUGAGCAUUCUGGGAAAAAGAAACUAUAGUCUUCACAAUGGCCUGGACGCGAGGCUUAUGAAGUGAAGGCACAGCUCUGCUCCGUCCUGCAGCCCUUCCUCAGGAUGGGACAAGGUUGUGCAGAACUCACGUGCUGUGUGUCAGACUGAGCUACCCUGUUCUACCCUACUGUCGAGACUCCAUGCCGUCCUGCUGAUGUUCACAGCUGUGCCUGGGAAGGAGGUGGCACCGCCCGCAGAGACCUCCUGUGCCCUGAUGGGCAGGGAAGGACCUGUGGGAACACACCCUGUGCGUCUGCGCUUCCCUGUGUGGACCUUGCUGUCGCUGCCCCGGAGCAGAGCUGCAUGGGCACCAAGGGGAGGAGGGUGCUGCACCACCCCUCACUUCCCUGCAGGGCCCCUCCCUGGAGUGGUGGCCUGCAUGUGUCGCUGCUCUGUUUCAUGCUGUGUAAUUAUGUACAGGAGGGACACGGCAUCCGUCUCCCUAGAUGCUUCCUAAGAAAUGUGCCAGUGUUUACGCAAUUCUUGGUGUUCCCUGUCUCUCUGCUGUGAUUGUCCCGGCUUUUCCCCUGCUAGGCUGCCUUGUCCCUGCGGGGAAGUUUUCCUCUGCCCCAGCUUCGUCCUGCACUCCACGCUGCCCUCCUUAGCAGGGAACCAGGCUCUGAAGGGAAGGGAACUCGGUACUUGUGGGCCACAAGGGGAGGGAUUGCCUGGCAGCCUGUGGGCUCUUUUCAGCAUCUCUGUCAUGAGAGAGGUGGUGUCCUGCUUGGCUCUGCCUGGUCCUCCAGCAGCUCCAGGAGAGCAGCUGUCAGAUGUGCCAAGCAUGCGUGUCACUGUGACAAGCCAUUUGCUUCCUGCCUUGCUUCUUUACAGACAGACCAGCUGAUGCAGAGCCAUCUCCAGGCAGGGCCUCUGGCAGGUUGCAGUCUCCCCAGUUUAUUUUAAGCAGACAGACAAGACUGUUGGUGUCACUAGGGCUAGUGAGAGAACUGAGACUGCGCAUACGCAGGUGAUUCCCUGCUUCCCCACCCCCCCUCGGGCCCUGUACUUCUGGGAGCCCAUGUGCGUAGGCCCAGGAGCCCCGUUUAUUGACAUGGACUCCUCCCACCUGCCCUGGUGCCAGCGCUUGGCAACAUUCCAGCUGGUCAUCCUAUUGCCACCCCAUGGGGCUGAAGGUGUCUGGUUAGCUCCCUGCACAGAGUAAGCCUGGCCACUUCCCUGCCAUUGGCAGGGACAGGCUGCUGGGCACAGGAUCUCAGCCCAUGAGAGACCCUGAAGUCUGACCCCCACUUUAGGCAGCAGCUGAAUGGCCGGUGUGAGAUGCAUCAGAUGGGCUGCUGCAGAGCAGAGUGGCCACGCUUGCAUUGCCCCUCCUUCCAGGAACAGAGGAAGCACAGAAUGCUGCUGAUGACCUGCAGGGCUGGCUCAGCUCAGCAGAGAGCGAGGUGUGCAUCUGAGGACAGGUGUCCAGGUGCAGGCUGCCUGGUCCUUUCCCAGUUCUGCAGUCACCUUGGCACUUAGCCUUCUGUGCAGUCGAUGGGGCAAGGGGUGAUCUCCCCACCGCUGCCUUUUGGAGCUGUCCUAGUCUCGGCUUGGGGCCCCGCAGGUGGGACCUGUGACAGAGGUACCCCAUGAGAAACAGGUGGAGGUGGCAGGUACUUCCCAGAUUUCCAGAGGCCCAUUCAAUGAAGCCCCCAGAAGAGGAGGCAUCUAGCCCUGGGGUGUUUAUUCUAAAGAAAAGGAGUCGAUGUCUGGUCUGGGCCCAUCUGCCUUGUAUUGGGCCAUGGACAUACAGGGGUGGUGACUGCUUGCCCGUUCGCUGUCCUGUCCUGCCUCCCACCCUGUACUGUGUCUGCUGGGCCUAGAAACAACUGCAUGCUGCUGGCUUCACCCCUCCCAGUUUGGGGGAGCCUCUCACCAAGGCCCAGCAGAGCUGGGCCCUGGCCAAGCCAGAAGAGGAGCAGGACGUCACUCCUGCUUCCACUCUCAGUCAGCCUUGGGAAACGCAGCUCACUUGGUGCUCCAUGCAUAGCAAGGCUGCCCUCGCCUUGUCAGCAGGAGCACUUGGUUUUGCAGGUCCAUCCCUGCGAAGAUGAUGUGGCCAGAGAUCCUAUGUCCUUGUUUUGUCUUGGGAAGUUCUCAGCCUUGCAGUGGAGCUCUCCAGGGAAUGGCAGGCAGAUGCUAAGGGGCCCCUGUUCUUUGCCUUUGCCGGUCUAAGCACUUGGUGCUGAGGACUUUCCUGGAAGUCAUGCCCUUUCUGGAGCCAUGACAAGCUGCCACUGUGUUGAUGGAGGGACGACGAGGGAGGGAAGCAGGGGACCACAGACCAUCUGUGCAGCCCACAUCAGAUGUGCCUUGGCUUGGGGCUUCCUGUGUAGGACACCACCCCUGCAGUCCUACACAAGACUCUGCAGUCUCCUCUGGCCUGCAGUCAUGCCACCAACUCUGAUGUCCUGUGUGCAAAAGAGGAUGGCAGUCAGGAGAUCAAUGCUGGAGCCUCUCACGGUUCUGCCUUUUCCGUAGCUUGGGGCCCAGCCAGGAAGCAGGAACCCCAGUAUGUAUUUAGAUUGAGUAGUUUUAAGCCAGAGUUUGUUUGACACAGGACAAGAGCUGAAAUGGGAGCUGAAGCAAUCUCAAGGUUGCCAGGAAGCUGCCAUUAUUCCUAGGCAACCUAGACAGAGUGAGGAGGUCAUGUUACUCAAAGGGACCCAGGCCACCAGGUGGGGCCUAGGACACAGGCCCAUCUGGUUGGAGCUGGAGCCAUAAGGAGGACAGUCCCUGUCGGAAUCACCCCCAGAGGGAAAAAGCUGACGUCUUCCUCUUGCCUUCUUAGCAGAUCAGUGGCAGAGGAGACAGCCACUUUCAGGGUCACCCAGCUCACAACAGCUGGGGUGGAGGGGCCCAGAAGGCCCCUUGGUCUGCUCUGUGUCCUGUCUGAGUCUGGUGCUUUUUGCUCCUGGCCAGAGAUCCUGCUGAAGGAGGCAGCAUUGGCCAUCUUGGGGUUUCCUAGUGAGGAAAGUGGGGAGCCAGGGAGGGGAGAGAGUUUUUCCUUCUCACACGUUCCUGUUCUCCCUCAGGAAAGCCAAGUCCCGGUUUUCUGUGUGACCCUCUGUCCCUUUCUUAGCGUCUCUGGUUUUCCUGCCAGUGGUCCCUGUCCCUGAGCGCCUCAGUGCUGAGUGCUUCCCCAGGCCAGUGUGUCUGGCGUGGUCUUGGUGUGGACCGUCUGUCUGUACAAAGAGCUGUCUACUAAUCAGUUUGUAUCGUGUUUCCAAUAAAUUUCUGGAAAUUC